CUUUUCGAUUGAGAUUGAGAGAAUCAAAAUUCGUUCUGUCGUGUUUUUUUCCGUUUUAUUAUAGAAAAGUAUUUAUAACUAGCAAGAAAUUAAAAAGGAAAACAGCACAAUAAUCCAUAUAACGAGUGAGCCGACACCAAAAUGCGCCAACCGUAGAGAAAGCGGAGAAACUGACAGACGCUCUAUCAACAAAUAAUAAAACAAAAAGAAAGAAAAAAACAAAAACAAUAGGAAAACUAACAGACAGCUAAGUGCAAGCCAAGUCUCAAGACCCAGCUAAACUAACAUCAAAACCAAAAAGACAAGUAAAACAAACGAAAAAUAAAACAGGCGCCUGGAAUAGGAGAAUGGUCAGAAAGCAAGCCGAUUCGGAAGCGUCCUUAGUAGUAAGUCAGCAGCAGCAGCAACAGCAGCAGCAGUUGAAGUUGGAACAGCAGCAACAGCAGCAGCAGCAGGAGCAACGCAUCGAUAUCGAUUUGACAUCUGAUCCACCCAUUUCGGGCAGUUAUAAUUUCGCUAGGCAGGCUCAUCAGGCCAAUGCUGCAAUAUGCAAUAAUAAUUAUUCGCAAUUAAAGUCAUCCACACUUGCCACCAGCUAUGAACACAACUCGCCUCACAACUUCCAGUUGCAGAAUGCCCAUCUUGCCUCAAUGCCCUACAACAUUAAUGCGUUGCCGCCACAGAAUACCGUAUCCAGUUCAGCCGGCGCCAUUAUGCCCACGGAGAUACCAGCCGAGGAUGAGGAACGGCUCGAGCGUAUCUUUAAUCAAUUGGACCGAGACGGCGAUGGCAAAAUCGACAUACACGAUCUGUCGGCGGCGCUUCACGAAUUUGGCUUGUCGAGCGUCUACGCGGAAAAAUUUUUGCAACAAUCGGACACGAAUCAAAGCGGCAAUGUUGGCUUCGCCGAGUUUCUACACUAUGUGCGGGAGCACGAGAAGAAUUUGUGCUUGCAGUUCUCACACCUAGACAAAAAUCGUGAUGGCAAAGUGGAUUUGGAAGAGCUAAUCUCCGCUUUCAAGGACCUGGGCUUGGAUAUUGACCUGGACGAGGCUAGAAAAUUGCUCACUAGAAUGGACAAAGAUGGCAGCCUGAACAUUAGCUUUAAUGAGUGGCGUGACUUUAUGCUCCUGGCGCCCUCAACUGAUAUACAUGAUUUGAUUAAAUUUUGGCGGCACUCUACUUACCUCGACAUUGGCGAGGAUAUGAAUGUACCUGAUGACUUCACACAAAAGGAAAUGCAGACGGGACUUUGGUGGCGUCACUUGGUCGCCGGUGGCAUAGCUGGAGCAGUGUCACGCACAUGCACAGCUCCCUUGGACAGAAUCAAAGUGUAUUUGCAGGUACAAACACACAGAAUGGGAAUCUCAGAGUGCAUGCAAAUUAUGCUAAAUGAAGGCGGCUCGCGUAGCAUGUGGCGCGGCAAUGGCAUCAAUGUCCUUAAAAUUGCACCAGAAACAGCACUCAAAUUCGCUGCUUAUGAGCAAAUGAAACGCUUGAUACGCGGCGAGGAUGCCACACGACAAAUGAGCAUUGUGGAACGCUUCUAUGCGGGCGCCGCUGCUGGUGGCAUCUCUCAGACUAUCAUAUAUCCCAUGGAGGUCCUAAAGACGCGCCUGGCGUUGCGCAAGACGGGCCAAUAUGCGGGAAUAGCAGAUGCAGCUACCAAAAUCUAUAAGCAAGAGGGAGCGCGAAGUUUCUAUCGCGGCUAUGUGCCCAAUAUAUUGGGUAUUCUGCCCUAUGCUGGCAUCGAUUUGGCUGUCUACGAGACGCUCAAGCGUCGUUACAUUGCCAGCCACGAUAAUAAUGAGCAGCCCAGCUUUUUGGUGCUCCUGGCCUGCGGCAGUACAUCGAGUGCUCUCGGUCAGCUUUGCUCCUAUCCCCUGGCCCUGGUGCGAACACGGCUACAGGCACAAGCCGCCGAAACAAUAAGCAACCAGAAGCGAAAGACACAGAUUCCCCUCAAGAGUAGCGAUGCCCACAGCGGUGAAGAGACCAUGACGGGUCUGUUCCGCAAGAUUGUGCGACAAGAGGGCCUGACGGGACUGUACCGUGGCAUUACACCGAAUUUCCUCAAGGUGCUGCCCGCCGUAUCCAUCAGCUAUGUUGUCUAUGAAUACUCGAGUCGGGCGCUGGGCAUUAAAAUGUCGUGAGAUGGUUGCCCCCAAACGAAUCGAUGCUCAACCAUCUGCCCGAUCAGGUUAACUCAACGGUUAUUGGCUGUGGCUCUCUGCAGUGCGGAUGUCAUGGCUGUGGCUACCACUCCCACUACUUCUCUGAUGCUCUGCUCUCCAUUGUGUAUAGUACUAGUAGUUGUGGUAGUUGUUAGAUGUAAGAUCAAUCGCUCUCUCCUUGUCUGUUCCUUUUCUAUCGCCUAUUCCUAUCAUCUUCCUUUACAUUUCGCUCUGCGAGUGGCGACAGGAUCUUCUCAUCAAGAAGUGUACCACAAGCUGCUGUUUUCCUUAAGUGUAGAACAGGCCUCUUCCAAGCUUUUUGGUAUAUACCAAUAUAUAGGUUUAUUAGAUUUUUUGUGAGUCUUUUUUUUUUAUUUUUUAUUCUUAUUUUCUGGGUAAUGUCUAGUUCAAUCAGUUUGGUUAUUUUCUUAAAAUACAAAAUAAGUGAUACUAUGGCUAAUUUAUUUAUAUAUGAAAAAACAAAAAAAAAAAAAAAACGAAACAAAAAACAAAGAAAGUAAAGCAAAGGAAAUAGAGAAACUAAACAUUAUGUUUAAGGCCAGGCGCGUGAAAGUCGUGGAACAAAUCCCAAAAU